CUGCAGCGCUCUGACAGCAGCAUUGGUGUAUUUACCAGCCGAGGAGAAGCUGCAUGAGUGUGGACGUGUAGUCUCCUCUCUGUGCUGUGGAACAUGGCGGACAUCACGCCCGGCUCGGUGGCUUCCUCUCUGUGUGCUGCGCCGUCACCACUUGCAAACAGCUGGCAGCGAGCGUAAACCUGCAACUUCCGCCUUUUUUAAACACCAUCUCCCUGCUGCCUCCAGCCCGCCGCCUCGUCCACUCACACACUUCGUUUCCUGCUGCAGGCUGAGGCGCGCACACACACACACACACACACAAAAACAACACACAGGAAGAAAUUGCUGGAGGUCGCAACAUCUUUGCAUUACAAGAUCUGACCGAUAUGACGGAGCGAUUUGAACGACCUGGAAUCCAGAAGACUGUGAACCGGAAGAAAACAGUCCUAAAACACUUUCCGGAUUGGACAGAAGAGAAAGGUACCUGUGAUGGUUCAUUUCCGAAAGACUGCAAAGAAUCAUCUGUUCCACAACGUAUGAAGUAUUUCUUCCGUCAUCUCCUUUCAGGACCCAAAUCAUCACCCGAACAGGAGAAUUCUCGGGAGAUACUCUCUCUGCAGCAGAAGAGAACCAGUCCUUGAAGCACUCCCAUCAUCAUCAUCAUCUCCUGCUGUACCAAUCAAAAAAUGGACUAACCUUUAAAAAAAAAAAAAACGGAAUCAGCUCCUCAUCUUAUCACUCACCUGAAGGGCCCCUGAGGGCCCUCAGGGAGCACGCAGCAGGAUGUCCGACAGCCGGCACUCUGCCAGGCAUCCGCUGUGGCGCCUCCUGUUGCCGUUCAGCACGCGGCAGGAGCGAGUGGUGCUGGCCCGCAGCGAGAGCCAGCCAGGGGAACAAGUCCUGAAGAUCACAGUCACAGAGACCACAGUCAUCGAGGCUGAGUCUGGUGUGUGGAACUGGCGCUCACUCACCUACCUGGGCCUCUGGUACUUCUUCAGCUUCUGCACUCUGUUCCUCAACAAAUACAUCCUGUCAUUGUUGGAGGGGGAGCCCAGCAUGCUGGGUGCUGUUCAGAUGGUGUCCACCACGGUCAUUGGCUUCCUGAAGAUGUAUGUCCCCUGUUGCCUGUACCAGCACAAGUCCAGAACCGAGUACCCUCCCAACUUCCUCAUGAUCAUGUUAUUUGUUGGACUCAUCAGGUUCACCAGCGUGGUUCUGGGCCUGGUGAGCCUGAAGAAUGUGGCAGUGUCGUUUGCAGAGACGGUGAAGAGCUCAGCGCCCAUCUUCACUGUCAUCAUGUCCCGGCUGAUCCUCGGGGAGUACACAGGGCUGUGGGUGAACCUGUCCUUGUUCCCUGUCAUGGCCGGCCUGGCCCUGUGCACAGCCACAGAGGUCAGCUUCAACAUGCUUGGCUUCUCCGCCGCGCUCUCCACCAACGUCAUGGACUGUUUACAGAACGUGUUCUCUAAAAAGCUGCUCAGUGGAGACACAUACAAGUUCAGCCCUCCAGAGCUGCAGUUCUACACCAGUGCAGCAGCAGUCAUCAUGCUUAUACCUGCCUGGGUGUUCCUCAUGGACCUUCCAGUGCUCGGGAAGAAUGGGCGAAGCUUUAUCUUCAGUCAAGACAUAGUCCUGUUGCUGCUAUUUGACGGCGGCCUGUUCCACCUGCAGAGCGUCACCGCCUAUGCUCUCAUGGGUCGGAUUUCCCCUGUUACAUUCAGUGUCGCCAGUACUGUCAAGCACGCCCUCUCAGUAUGGAUGAGCAUCAUCGUGUUCAGUAACAAGAUCACAGUCGUCAACGCUGCUGGCACCGUCUUCGUGUUCACCGGGGUCUUCUUUUACAACAAGGCCAGACAGAUCCAGAGACGGAGCUUACAGAAGAUGGCUGCCGAGCAGAACCAGAAACCACUACCGGACGACCGGGACUUCCUCGCUGCUCAGACUCACAAAGAUUUCGGCACUUGACAGACAGACAUGCUGCUAGAAAUGGGAUCAAAUUAUGAACGAUGAUCUGUUUGCUCGCCUGUGGCUGUCCAGAUGGGACUGGAUAUUUACAAAAGAGAAGCAUCAAUAUGCAACCUUUGCGGUGAUUGAUUCCAUUGGUCUGAAAGUCCAUGCAGCUAAAAUUCUCAGUGUGCAGCUUUUAGUGGCAUUUAGCAGUUAAGUUGCACACUGCAAACAACUGCCCCCUACCCCUCCCCGGCUGCUGUUGAAACAUACAAAUAUAAACAUAGUUAUAAACAUGAUAUUCCAUUUCUGUUGUUUGAUCCGUGUAAAUCCUACAGAGCGGACCUUUUCAUUGAUUUUCAUGGACAGAAAAACAAAGCCUGUCACAAUCUCCUGAUCUGAGCAACGACUGUGAAGUUCCCCUGACUGAACUGAAACACGGCCAAACGGUUUAUAUUCCUCAUGAUCACCAGCUUCCAGAACCGGACCACACUCUGAAUUAUUUGAAAAGUUUUCACACUGAAUGUUGGAGAUGAGUUUUUUAUUCUGUCAAAGACAUUUGAACUGAUUUCACUUCAGCUUUCCUGUUAAACCUGCUGCGCCUGUUUCCGGCAGUUUAAGCCACUGAAGUAAUGGGAGAUGAGAGAUGGCCCAGAAUAUUUUUUUAAGGUGCAAUAGUUUCGUUAAAUUGCUUUAAAGAAAAACCACUAAUGUUUUUUUAUAUUCAGUGUCAAUGUCAUGUCUUAAUGCUACAAGAAGACUUUUGUGUGUGGCUUGGCUCAGGUCACUGGUCUGACCAUGUCAACACUAGUCCUGUGGAACAGUUUCUUUGCCCUUUAUAAUCCUCCCUGAUUCUUUGCUUUGGUGAAAACUGGUUUGUGAAACGAGGGAGCUCAGGGUUCUCUGAAGGAAGGGGCUUCUGUAAGCUUUGAUCUCAUCUGUGGUACAUCAGCUGCUGAAUGUACAGUGUGCAACAGUGAAUAUCUAAGGAGCACCGAAGCUGUAAGAUUUGACCGUUGUGACAGUGUAACAGACACUGUGUCAUACAAUGUAAUGUUUGAGUUGUGAACAGGGCACAAAGGCCUGAGGUGUGACGCUGUUUGGAGGUUUGUCGAGGCAAAGCUUAGCCUAGCUUAAGGCAACUUUUUAAAACGGCAAAAUUGUUUUUUGUCUCUUUUCCAGUUGUUUGCUCCUUGUGCAAAGAGAGAUUAAAAGCAACGUAACAAGUGUGCUCAUUCGUUUUUACCUCCAGACAAAGUAAAUCAUGUUUAUUUAGUAGUCAUCUGACUGAUGUCACAUUGUACCAAUAUCUCAGGUGAUUGCUGUGUUAUCAUAAACAAAUACGAAACUUAGUUUUACUGGUUUUCUUAAAACGCUAUAUGACCCCUUUUAAUUUAAUGUCAAACAUACUUCUAUGUGCUAUUGCGUGGCCUACUCUUAACGUUCAGGAUUUCAGGAUGAGAGCUGAAACGACUCCCUUUCUGUUCUUCUACAACACAUAAGUGCCACUUUUAUUAUCUUGCCAAACAUAAACUGCAGGGAGCUAAUAAUCCAAUCAUGAUAAUGUUAUUCUGACAUGGCAGCUUCAAUCAAAUUAGUCUGCUGCUCUGCUCAUGUGUCCAGGCCUCUUUCAGUUUAUCUUCUACUUGAUUUGUUAGUGAGUGACAAAGUCCAUCAGGUCUCUGAUAGGACACAUCUGUGGUCAUCAUUGUAACACAAAUUGUCUUUUCAAAUGCAUUUUUAACAAAUGUUUUAUGUUUGCUUUACUUUCUUUACCUUUUUUUACUUUUUGUGCCUCAGCAAAACUUGUUCAUUCUUUUCUGAUUAGAACAUUUUAUGAAUUUACGUAAUAAACACGUUCAUUCUACAUGUU